AUGAGCGUGGCUCUCCAGUUGUUCUCUUCUUCCGGCAAUCUCGAAGCUCUGGACCUGCAGCAGCGAGCUGAGCUUUAUCAAGCUUGCGAUCGAUUGAGGAGCCAAUGUGAACCUCCUUGGGAUAAGACCCUCAGGCUUCUCUAUACGUGCCACCAAGCCAUCGCAGUUCGUCUCGCGGUAGAUCUGAAGCUCUUCGAUGCAAUCAUCAAGCGCUCGUCUGAGAAUGAAGAUGGCAAGGUGCGCGUUAGCCAGCUUUCGGAAGAUGUUCAAGCCGAUCCAAAGCUUGUUGGGCGGAUCAUGAAGUCCCUCGUACCUGUGGACAUUCUCAAGCAACAUAACCCUGACACUUUCUCUCCCACGACAUUUACAGCGGCUUAUACUUCAUCGUGUUGGAUGUCUGCAGCAGUGAUCUUCUUCACUCACCUCUUUCUCUUCGUUGCCCAGCUUCCCGAGUAUUUCAUGCAGAAAGGCUGGAAGAAUCCAGAUAAUAUUGAAGACUCCCCAUUCAAUUUUGCAGUCGGCUCCGACCGUGGAUACUUUCAUUACAUGUCGUCAAACCCUUAUUACCAAAACACAUUCGACACCGUAAUGGCCUCGCCGUAUCGUCGCGACGAGAAGAGUUGGCUGGACUUUUUCCCAGUUGAGGAGAAACUACAGACCUUCCGCGAAAAGUUCUCUAGUUUGCCGGGCAGACUUGUUCUGCAGGACUUACCACAUAUCCAAGCCCACAAUUUCUUCGACGAACAGCCUAUCAAACGCGCAAAGGCGUACUACCUCCGCACUGUUCUCCACAACUGGCCGGACAAGCAGGUCAUGGAGAUUUUGUCGAGACCUCGUGAGGCAAUGAGCCCCAACUCUUUGCUCUUGAUUCAUGAGAAAGCUAUGCCGGAGACCAAUGUUCCAUGGGUGGCUGCUAUUGGCGACAUGACUAUGAUGACUGCUUUCUCGUCAGCGGAACGAACCAAAAAAGAGUGGGAAUCUCUGCUGAACAAGGCUGGAUUCAAGAUCAAUGCGGUUUGGAAACCUGAGGGCACUUCCGCGCAGCAGCUGGUUCUUAUAGAAGGUGCACUCCAGUCAUUUGAAUUUGAGUAA